ACUAUAGUUUACAUUACUGUUAUUUAACAUUUUAUGCAAAUUUUAAAAUAAAUUGCUUGCAUGCACUAAAUUCUAUGUGAUGAACUUAAACUACCAUAUUUCAGUACCUAGGUUGUGUAGAAGUCUUCGAGUCACGAGGAAUGCAGGUGUGCGAAGAAGCUCUUAAGGUACUCAGGAAUUCUCGCCGAAGACCUAUACGAGGCAUGCUUUACGUGUCUGGUGAUGGACUUCGUGUUGUAGAUGAUGAAACUAAGGGACUUAUUGUAGACCAGACGAUAGAGAAAGUGUCGUUUUGCGCACCCGAUAGAAACCACGAAAAAGGAUUCUCAUAUAUAUGUCGAGAUGGAACAACAAGGCGGUGGAUGUGCCAUGGUUUUGUUGCUGUUAAGGAAACGGUAUGUUGAAGCUGAUUUUUAGCU